AUGACAUCCGCACCGGCGCGCGCAUCGAACGCGCUGCUCUCGGUCAACUUCAACCAGGACCACUCGUGCAUCGCGGUGGGCACGCGCGAUGGCUACUCGAUCACCAACUGCGAGCCGUUUGGCCGCGUGUACACCAACCAGUCCGGCGCGACGUCGCUGGUGGAGAUGCUCUUCUGCACGUCGCUCGUUGCGCUCGUCGCCACGUCGGACGCGGAUGCCAAGUCGAACGCCAGCCCACGCCGGCUGCAGAUCGUCAACACGAAACGACAGAGCGUGAUCUGCGAACUGCUGUUUCCCACCGCCAUCCUUGGGGUCAAACUCAACCGAAGACGUCUGGUGGUGGUGCUCGAGAACGAGAUCUACAUCUACGACAUCUCCAACAUGAAGCUGCUCCAUACCAUCGAGACGAGUCCCAACCCGAAUGCGAUUUGCGCACUGUCGCCCAGCUCCGAGAAUUGCUUUUUGGCGUAUCCGAGUCCGGUGCCUUCACCGACGAGUCCGUUUGCAGCGGGUGCAGGCGCGGCAGCGGCGAGUGGAGCGGCAACAGCGGGUGGCGGCGGAGGUGGCGCGGGGGACGUGCUCAUCUUUGAUCUGCUCUCGCUGAGUGUGACGAACGUGAUCCAGGCGCACAAGACGCCCAUCUCGGCACUAGCACUCAACGCCACCGGAACGCUUCUCGCCACCGCUAGCGAUAAAGGCACGGUGAUUCGCGUAUUCAGCGUGCCGGCCGCACACAAGCUGCACCAGUUCCGCCGCGGCAGCUACGCGGCGCGCAUCUACAGCAUCAACUUCAACGCGGUCUCCUCGCUCCUCGCCGUCUCCUCGGACACGGAGACGGUGCACAUCUUCAAGCUCGCCUCGUCCUCGGGUAGCAAGUCGGCGAUGGUGGUGGGGUCGGAUGGGGCGUCGGAUACGUCUUCUCCGCCUGGGUCGGCGAACGGAGGGCGUGUGGGCGGGUACGAAGCGAUGAUGGCUCGGCCCAAGCAAGGCGGAGGGCUAGGCGGCAGUUUGCGGCGUCGAAGCAUGGCGCUGGGCAAAGGCAUCACCGGCAGCGUAGGGGGGUACCUCCCCAACAGCCUGACCGAGAUGUGGGAACCCGCGCGCGACUUUGCCUUCCUCAAACUGCCCACGCCCGGUGUGAGCAGCGUGGUGGCACUCAGCGCGACCACACCGCACGUCAUGGUGGUUACCAGCGAGGGAUACUUCUACCAGUACAACAUCGACCUCGAACACGGUGGCGAGUGCAUCCUCCAGAAACGUAAGUCCCGUUACCCAUCCGCAAAGAUGAACAGAAAAGAGGCUGACGAGUGGUGUCGUGGGGGUGUAGAAUACUCGCUCUUGGACACGGAUGCGGAGAGUGUGGCGCCGUCGAAUGGCGAUUGA